AACCUUUCUGACAGAGGGCACUGAACACCUGCUAUCUGUCUGUAGGACAACCAUCUAGAAGGCGUCAAUAGUUUACUUUGGAGACAAAUAUGUACCACAAGACGACCUCAACGAAAAGUUAUUGAUGUAUCCAUGAAAACAAAGGGGAUUAUUUUACACCUUAUGAUAUUCGUUGACGCGUCUAUGCAAACCAUUUAACCAAUUAAGUUACUGGCUUAUCUGACUAGACUGUGAACUGUUAAAUAUUCGUAUAGUUUAACUAUGACUCGGCUGGGAAUCUGGUGCGCUCUGUGGUGGGCAGCUACCGCGUGUUGUUCCGCUGCGCCAAAGUUGCAGCUUGGCUCACCAGUAGAGACCGAAGAAGACCACAACGACACUUUAACACUCGAGACGGAGAAUGGAGAGGGCAUACUAACCCAGCUGCUGGGUGAUUAUGACAAAGUGAAAGCGCUUUCGGAAGGCUCUGACUGUGGAUGUAAAUGUGUUGUCAGACCCCUGAGCAGGAGCGCCUGCCGCCGGAUCGAGGAAGGCACAGCCACGCCGAACGACUUCUACACCGUGGAGACAGUGACAUCGGGGCCCGACUGCAAAUGUGCGUGCAUCGCGCCACCGUCGGCGCUAAACCCUUGCGAGGGGGACUACCGGUUGAAAAAGCUUCGGGAGGCCAGCGAAGACAAUGUCAAGCUGUCCACGAUUAUUGAGCUGCUGGAAGGAUCCUUCUACGGAAUGGACCUGCUGAAGCUACACUCGGUUACCACUAAACUCCUCAAUCGUGUCGACAGUAUUGAAAAAGUGUUGCAGAAUGACACGAAAGAGGAGGCAAACCAGCACAACAUAAUCACACCUACAAGUCUGCCAAUCCAGGAGACAGAAAACCCCACAUCGGCAACCCCACCACGUAAUGAGAAACGGAAGAGACUUACACUACAAAGUGACCAAGCAGCGGCCUAUCAGAACUUAGAGGAUAAAUAUGAUGAGAAGUUUAUCGGAGGACAUGACCCCUCACAGUUCACAAAGAAGGCUGACGAUGAGGCUAUGGGGGUCAGUAACCAAAACAAGGAGCACAAAGCACCUGCCCAGCCAAAGAUAGUCAUCAGGGGCAUGACCUACUACAAAUCUCAGACUGCAGAGGAGACCGUCAAAGAGGACAACACUUUGGAGGAUGAAGUUCUGAGUGGCGACGGCAUGCUCGACUAUUUCAUAGAUGAGCAACUCAUCCAACCCAAGCCCAAGGCCUACAGACCUCUUGUUAAGGCGUGGUCUAUACCAGCCAAUCGCAAGACCCUAAGCCAUGGUCAGAGCGGAGCCUCGGGGGCCAACAGUGGCAGUCCCUUGCAGUUCGAGCAGUCCGACUCGCCGAACCACUUUGAAAUGACCUCCGACCCUGGUGUGGUCAUGACCAUGCCUGAGACCGCCGAGACUGAGGCCGAACAGCCCACCAACAAGAGGGCGGCCCAGCAGGAAGCUCUACCCCUGGCAGUGAGCGUCGAGGCUGGCAAUGCCUCAAGCCAGGCCCUGCCACUCUCGGAGGGCCCGUCGGUGACGCCGCGUCCCGUCUUGGCAAACCCUGAAACUACCCAACACCUGCCGAUUAGGCCUCACCUUUCCAAGGCCCCCACAGAGAGAGCAAUGGUCCAGGGCACAGAAGCGCCUGUCACACCUCUUGCCUUGCCAGAUCACGGCGCAGUCGCUGUAGAGACCAAUGUCACGGAAACUUCACAGAGUACACAGCGGCCAUCUGAUGUUGCCAGGGACACUGAAAGGCGAGGAACAACACAGGCUAUUGUCAAGAGGACAAGAAAGGAAUCAGUUGCUGACAAUGAGCCACUGAUCGCCAGCACCUUGUCAACCUUAUCGAAGGCUGCUUCAGCAGUUAAGGCUACCACUGUACUCCCAACCACCAUCAACACAGCCACAACUGCCAGAGUGACAACCCCCAGUGCAACGACACCCAGCCCCACCACGGAGCGCACCACCAACGGAACACCUACCGAAAUGGCUAAAGCUGUAACCCAAAGGCCAGCAACCACCCCAAAGGCUGAGCCCUCAACUACCAGCCCAGUUAAGACAACCAGAAAGCCAGUCGGCCUGAAACGCAAGUACAGCAUCAGCUGGGAUGAGGAGGAUACGGAGGAGAACAUCGAGACUGAUGGGUUUAAGAAGACCACGACAGACAAGCCAAACAGGAAGCCAGGAGAGUGCAAGGACACCUUGUCGACCAUCUCAGAGCCUGUCACUCACACCCACUAUGGCCGCAGGGAAGGAGCCUGGAUGAAGGACCCACUGGCCAAGGACGACAAAAUCUAUGUGGCCAACUAUUACUAUGGCAACAAUUUGCAGGAGUUCCGCAACUUGGAGGUGUUUAAGGAAGGCCGCUUCACCAACUCCUACAAGCUGCCGUACAACUGGAUCGGUACGGGUCACGUGGUGUACAACGGCGCCUUCUACUACAACCGGGCCUUCUCUCGCGACAUCAUCAAGUACGACCUGCGUCUGCGCUACGUGGCGGCGUGGACCAUGCUGCACGACGCCAUCUUCGACAACGAGGACUCGUCGACGUGGCGCUGGCGCGGCCACUCGGACAUGGAGCUGGCGGUGGACGAGAGUGGCCUGUGGGUCGUCUACCCAGCGCUGGACGACGAGGGCUUCCUGCAGGAGGUGAUCUUCCUGAGCCGCCUCGACCCCACGGACCUGAGCAUCCGCCGGGAGAGCACCUGGCGGACCGGCCUGCGCCGCAAUCACUACGGCAACUGCUUCAUCGUCUGCGGUGUGCUUUACGCGACGGACAGCUUCGAGCAGCGCAACACCAACCUGGCGUAUGCCUUCGACACACACACCAACACGCAGAUGGUUCCCCGAUUGCCCUUCAGCAACAACUACACAUACAACACGCAGAUCGACUAUAACCCGAAAGAGCGAGUGUUGUACGCCUGGGACAACGGCUACCAGGUCACCUACAACGUCGCCUUUGCCUACGUAGAUCCCCAGUAGAGUUGUUCAUAGCGAAAAGACAAGACACAAAAAACAUUACAGGAAAUUCAUCUUACAUCUAUUUUUUAUGUUUUCUUCAAGGAUUCAGCACUUUUUUGUAUAAAAGCAAUAAUGAUAAAAAAAAAUCUAUGUGUACAGGCAGAUUGUAGACCAGUCUGCUUGGCUGUCAAUGUUGAUACAUCACAGCUUUUAUGUAUGUCAUAUGCUAGUCUUUAAUUGAGCAAAUAUUUAAGUGGUUUUACUUUUUGUUCCUCCUGCAUGGAUGGAGAAGAGACGGGCGAAUUUUAACCAGAGGUUGUUUUUGUAUCGACAAUAUGCAUUGUAAAUAAUGUAAAAUAAAGUUAAAUCAGAAGAUAAAUGAAUGUAGACAAAAAAUAUAUUUGCGUAGCAGAAUAUGGUAGAGUAACGUCAUAACAACAACAUAAAAGUCAUCCAGGAGCUCAUUUCAUACCAGUUAAGUACCAAGGCCGCAAGCAUUGCUUUAUAAACACUUUUCUACUUUUAGAAAUCCUGUAAUUUUUGUAUUUUUCUUUCCCACUACACUUAUUCCUGUACAUAUAUUUUGUGGUAACAUCACACACGCUUGUCAGCUUUAAGUUAAGCACUUAAUUCUCUCUUCCCCUGUCUCCAACUGAACUGUACUUUGCAAGAUUCUUUCAUUGGAGAGGAGAGCAUAAUAAAAUA